AUGGAGUCUACAUUAGUUAAAGUUGGAUUUGCUAAAAGUGAACUAGAAUUUAAAGGACUUGCAUCACAUAAGGAAGAUGACAAAGAAAGAGUUAUUCAUUUUAAAAAAAUUGAAGGUGAUGUUCCCAAUAUUUUAAAUAAACAUUUGAUGGCCUGGUCUGUAUCGGUUAAUGGAAAUGAAAAUUAUAAAGACACUUUAAUUUACCUUUGUGAAGAUAAAGCAAAUAAAGGCCAAUAUCAAUUUACCAUUCAUAAAAAAGAACCUGAAAAUAAAUUUGAAGUUCAACCACAAGGUAAAAGUACAGUUGCUGAAUGA